UUUAAAAACAUUCGGUGAUGAGUGUUGACUGGUCAGGUGUUGCUAUUUGUGUUUAUGACAUGAAUCUUAAACUCCCAACAUAGUAACAUAUGGAUGUCCAAACUGGCCACUGUGAGUGGAUUGCUCCGUCCAACACAAAUACAUCUACGGAGGAACUUAUUAGCUCCAUCGCCAAUUUAAGUUUCGAAGAAACCCGUUUGCUUUGGGGAAAUAGUGGAUAUACAAAUGUAUCUACUCAAGAUGUUCUUGGAAGUCGCCCACCAUUCAGUGCGACACCGUGGGAUAUGUCUUCGAACCAUGCCACUUCGAAUUCUAUACCGAUGGUUUGCUGUCGUCGUGACAAGCCAAACCGUGCAAUCCCAGAAUCUAAUCUGAGUGAUGGGAGUAUUUUGAUGUCUCCUGGGUCAAAGGACAUGGUGGCUUUGGGGAUGCAGAUGGCAGAUCACGUUUUGAGUAACUCUCCAGGAAGUAAUGCUCAAUUUUUGAGAGACAUUUCUGAAAACUUGUCAAAUGCGUUUCCUCCACGUCCAGCACCUAAUUCACUCAAUGGAUCUCAGUCUGUUACAUUAAAUUCUUAUCAAUAUGAUUCAAACGUAAGAUCAAUCCUUCCUGGUGAGUCAGAUGCUUUGCAUCAAAAUCCACUUCAGUCUGCAGCUAAUGGAUUAAUUUCCAAUUGCUUUAAUACAGCUCAAUACUAUAUGCGUCCAUCAACCACAACCCAGUCUCUACAACAACAAAUCCCUUAUCCAAUUAUCCCUAAUAGAUCGUCGGAAUAUGUGCAUACAAAAAGCUUUACUCCAGAAUCAAUUAGUUGUGAACCAUGUAAUUCUAUUCAAGCUGAAAACUUAAUACCUUAUUUCAUUAACGUUCCAGCAAAUACAGAUCCUUCGGCGUCCAACAUACCUGCAGAAACUUUCAGUAUGUUUACCGGUUCCCAUGUGAAUCGAGAUCAACAAACAGCAAACCAGUCUGAUAAUACAACCCACUUAGUGCCCGUCAUUCCACAACCGGACCACAUCAGUAGUCUACAUCCUAUGAAGUAUAAUUCCACAAACACUAACGGGGAACAUAAAAGCCAGUCAUUCAAUCCUUAUCUAGGUGGUGCAUUUUCUGGUGUAAACCAACUCAACACAUGUGUAGAUUUUAAUGGUGACUUUUUGACAAAUCCUUCGUUUAUUAGUCAUGUUUCUUUAGGUUGUAGUGAAGGCUACCUGCCAACAUUUAUUCGAUCUAAUGGGCCUCCAUCACGGGAUAUAAAUAACUUGGGAGGUUGUUCAACUUGUCCUUCUAUGAAUCAAGAUUUUUAUAUGCAUGGGAGUUAUAAUAAUCUUGGAGGCAACCGAACGGUAGAACAUACUCCCUCUGCACAUACUACUAGCGGAUUAGUUACGAAUUCUCCUUAUGGUUCUGUACAAUAUGGGCCACAGAAGUUUCAACACACUCUUUACCCUAGAUGCGUGUCUCCAGUUCCAGGUGACCAACCGAUUAUACAGGUACCUAAUUGUCCUGGUGUAAACAAUUAUACAAUGCACCCAGUUGAUACAAUAAAUACUCAGCCUCCUAUGGUCAACACAUUGGUAGGACCGCAGUUUCUUGGACCAUCAGUCAAUGGCCAUGCACAAAAUGGGACCACUUUUCAAAAUUUACCUUCCAGUGGCUUAUAUCAAUCUCUUAUUCAGCAGAAGGAUCCUUCUGUACAUAUCCAGGCUCAAGCUGUUCAGCCUGGUUCAAACGAUCAGCAACAACAGCAACAAUCGGCAGCCUUAUUUGCACACACCAUUCAGUUGCUAGCAGCAGCUGCAGCCAGAAAUAUGGGUACUGGAUCACACGAUCUUCAUGUAUCUGGUGUUGGGUCAAAUAACAAUGGAUCUGUAUUAAAUUCUGUUGAUUUCAAGUGUUUGAGACCUCCAGGUGUGACUGCAGAAGUCCCAUUUACUGCACCCAUACUACCAGAUCACUUGCAGGGAUAUGCGAAUAAUUCUUGUAUACCUGUUAAUGCAAUAGAAAGUCCGGCUCCCCGUCAUCCCCAUUCCACCUUGGAUUUUAAAUCAAUGUGCUCAUCGGUUCCUGCUCCUUGUCCACCUAUUUCAUCAUCUAUCCUACCAUCUGUUCAUUCACAAAAUAUUUUCCCGCAAACUGAUGUUGCUACUCAGGAGUUUCAGCCUGUCGGUUUGGGUUAUACUGGACUGUCACCUCUAAAUCCAGUGGGCGAUCAUUUGCUUCGACCUUCCAAUGCUUUCCCAAGACCUACACUACCGUUGUCUUCCAGUCGUAUGCCUUAUAUUCCUUCAAGUGUUACAGACUCUCAAUCACCUCCUAGAACUUUGACCACAAUAGCUGGUCCAAGAAUUAGUGUGCCACCAGUCCUACCGAGACCUCAGUUAGCUACUUCAACUAUGUAUACUUGUCGAAAUAACGGCCCUCCUCCUUUUCCUUCCAUGCACACACCUCGCUUUCCGUCACGUGGUCCAGCUAGUUUUCCACAACUGAACCUAGCAUUCAUGCCUCCACCGCUUCCGCCUUAUCCUCAUCAUUUGCAUCAACCACCACCUGUUCUUCCACCGCCUGGUUUUCUACCAUCAGCUCACUCGCAUCGCCCUACUGAGACUAGUAGCUCUUCUGGCCCGUUUAAUAAUAAUACACCACCUUCAGAAAACAAAUCAGUUUAUAAUAGUAAAUUUCCUAAAGAUCACAAUCAUGGUACGACACCUCAUCAAUCCAACACCCCUGCCUCAAUGAUGACACUCACGUUUGCAGCUGCCCAGCAACAAGGCUCAGGAGUAAAUCCAACUUUCGGGAUAAGACACCCAUCACACACUUCUCAUUUUCAACCACCUUCGUACUAUGGUUUUUCUGCUGAUUCAAAUGCAACUUCCACUCUCCAACCAAAUUCUUCGUAUCUUAGUCAUUCCAACCAAUCGCUACCUACUAAUAACAUGCUGCAGUUAGGAACCACUAAUAGUACUGCUCCAGAACGUAGUCGUUUAUUGGAAGAGUUCCGUAAUUCUCGAUUACCGUGUUUAACAUUGCAUGAUUUAAUGAAUCAUAUUGUGGAAUUUGCUCAAGAUCAAUAUGGUUCACGUUUUAUUCAACAGAAAUUAGAACAAGCAAGUGUUGUAGAUAAAACUAGCGUGUUCCGUGAAAUUCUUCCUUACGCGUAUAAUCUAAUGAUUGAUGUAUUUGGAAAUUAUGUCAUACAAAAGUUUUUCGAAUUAGGAACACCGGAACAAAAACAAAUAUUGGCUCAGAGAAUACGUGGACAAGUAUUAUCAUUAUCUUUACAAAUGUAUGGUUGUCGUGUUAUACAAAAAGCUGUUGAAUCUGUUCCAUUGGAUAUGCAAAUAUCCAUUGUGAAAGAACUCGAUGGAUGUGUGAUCAAAUGUGUGAAAGAUCAAAAUGGAAAUCAUGUUGUACAGAAAUGCGUAGAAAAUGUUCCUCCAGAACAUUUACAAUUUAUUGUUGACGCUUUUAAAGAUCAUGUAUAUUCCAUUUCUACUCAUUCGUAUGGUUGUCGUGUUAUUCAACGUAUUUUAGAGCAUUGUACCCCUGAACAAACUACACCGAUUCUGUCUGAGCUACACCAACACACUGAAGCACUUGUUAAAGAUCAGUAUGGAAAUUAUGUGAUUCAACAUGUUCUUGAACAUGGAAAAACUGAAGAUAAAAGUCGAAUUGUAGAACACAUUAAAGGUCGUGUAGCUAAAUUAAGUGUUCACAAAUUUGCUAGUAAUGUUGUAGAGAAAGCUGUUGCAAAUGCUUCACGAAUAGAACGUCAAUUGUUAAUUAAUGAAGUACUUGAAGAGACUGUAUCAACUGAUCAUCUCAUUUUAUCGAAUGGACAACAAUCUAGGGAAUUUCGAAUGAAUAAUCAUAACGGUGACGAUGAGAAUGAUGAUGAUGACGACGAUGAUGAUGUUGAUGACGGUGAUGAUGGCGGUGAUGGUGGUGAUCAACGUAGAACAAGAAGUUCAGUUUUAGUUAUGAUGAUGAAAGAUCAAUUUGCCAAUUAUGUUAUUCAAAAAAUGUUAGAUGUUGCUGAACAACCAAUAAGAAAAGAGUUAAUGACACAAAUUCGUCCACAUUUGAACAUUUUACGUAAAUAUACUUAUGGUAAACAUAUUAUUAAUAAAAUGGAAAAAUAUUACAUGAAAACAAAUCAACUACAUUUAGCUGUUGGAUUAAAUUCACCAUCACCACCUCCAUCUUUAGAUAUGGUUAUUGUUUCAUCAAAUGUUUCACAAUCGAAUUUAAAUUCUACAAUUCGUACUUGUAUAAGUAAUAGUAGUAAUAGUGGUAGUAGUGGUAAUAGUAGUAAUAAUAAUGCACACAAUAAUUCAGCUGCAUCACUUCUACCACCACUAUUAACUCCAACAGAUAUGGCUGUACGUGUUUCAAAAUCAAUGUCAUUGAAUAAUCAUCAAUCUAUUCAUCAUUCACAUCAUAAUUAUACCAAUCAAUCGUGUUUAUCUUCAUAUUCACGCAAUGGUUUAUCAGCAUCACAUCGAAUGAAACAAAAAAAGUCCAAUAACAAUAAUUCAAAUUUUCAAAAAUCUUCCAAUAAUGAUGAUAUACAAAAUAUGUCUACAUUUAUAUCUGAUAAUAAUGUAAGAAGUUUAUCCAAAGAACCAUUAGAAAUGCAUAAAAGUUCUAGUGAUGAGUCACGUGGUGAUGAGAAGAAUAAUAUUAGUGGUGGUUGUUCCAAAAAUCACCAUGAAUUAGACUCAUCGAAUUUCAAUCAAACAUCAACAGGCACUAAUAAUAAACGUUUCAGUAAAAAAUGGAAUGAUGAUAAUGAUAAUAAAGAACGAUUAAAAUUAUCUGAUUCCAACAAUACUCAGCAUUUGUAUGAUGUAGUAGUAGUAGUCAAUGAAUUAUCCAACGAUUUUCAAUUAUCAUCAACAAGAAAAUCCAGUAUACCAAUAUUGGAUGUGAAUGGACAGUCAGGAAGUGGUGGUGGUAUCACGGAACAAUUGUUAACAAAUGGCAAUGACUAUGAAUAAUGUUGAUUGUUCUUUGGGUUUUUUUUCUUUGCUGUCUUCUCUCUUUCUCUACCUUUUCAUUCUCUGUUUUCUUUUUUCUCGGUUCUUUUUUUUAAAAAAUGUGUUCAGUGUGUUCUCAAUAGCUUCUUUUGUAGUGUUUUGCAUAUGUGUAUGGUUCUUUUUUUUAUUUAUUUUAUGGAGCUUUUCAAUUGUUUGUGCAAUGAAAAAAAUAUUUAUGUUGAAAAUAUUAAAAAGAAAAUUUCAUUUCUUCAGCGCAGACAAUUUAUAUAUACAUAUAUAUAUGGUGUGCGUGUAAUGUAUUUUAUAUUCUUUCCACCUUUAUUGUCUUUUUCUAUGUGUAAAUGUAUCAGCACAUUGAUUUAUUUUCAUUUUGUUUUUAAAAUGUUAAAAAAAACUGUAAUGCUACAGUCCUUUAUCAUCAAAAUGUAACUUUUCCCAUUGUGUACAUGAUGUGUUUAUUGAAAUAAAAACAAACAAUCGAUAAAUGGAUGGGUCCAGGUUAUGCAUAUACACAUUCUCUUAUUGUUUCGAUUUGUCUUCUUUACAUUUUUAUUACAUCAUCAUCCAUUGAUGGUGCUAUUUAACACAGAUAUGUAUACCUACCUACCAACCAACCAACCAAACUGGUCGAUCGACAUGAACAAUUCUGAAUAAAAUGAAAAUGGUGUUACACUUCACUGGCUUUAUAUAUUUAAUUAACUUCAAUUCUUUAGGUUUCUGUUGUGUGAAUCAAUCAAUUAUACAGACAGUAUAAACUACAAAUUAAUUUUCAUUUUUCUAUUCAACAAAAGAAAAAUGUCCAUGUAUCUUCUGUAAAUCUCACACUAUUCAACCUAUAUGAAUCUUAUUGGUAUGCUGAUUUGAGUUGUGUAUUUAUAUAUAUUUCCUUUUUUUUUGUAUAAUUUCUAUGCACUUCAAUACACACAUGAAUUUUUUGUUAUUCUUUUUCCUCCUUAGUUGUUGUUGUCUCUUAAUCACUUAUCACUUUUGAAUGGCUUAUUAUUAUUAUUUCCCUUCUAUAAUAGUUUGGUUGUAUGCAAUUCUUAAGGAUAAAUCGUUAUUAUUAUUAUUAUAUUUAUUCAAGUCAUUUUGUAGUAUAUAUAUAUACAAAUAUACAUAUAUAUAUCUGUUUAACUAAGCUUGUACUCUGUAUACAACAUUCUGUACACUGUCUUAUCUUUUAUUUGUUUUCACUGUGCUAUGAUAAUAAUAAUAAUAAUUAUUGUUACUGACUUAAGUCCUUCCAUUCUUUUGUAAUAUCAUCAUGUACUUUCCACUAUAUACUCUUCCACUACAAAAACUACUACUUCUUCACAAAUACAUGAAUAUAUAUAUACAUAUGUAAUCUGUUCAUCAGUCUAUUUCCUUUUCAUUAUAAAUAGUAUGUCGCUUGUCUCAUUCCAUCUAAUCUUAAUGAAUUAUUGGUCUUUGAAAGCAGUACCUUCAUAAUCUACUUACUAUCUUUGUCAAGCAUGUAUUUUCUUUCUUUGCACAACGUUCUCAUACUAAUAAAAAAAGGCCUUUCAUUUUAUCUCAUUAGUUUAAUCGGUCAAGAUUUGAAUGCA